UUCUGACUUAAUUGAGAAAAUAAGUUUCCGUUAGGGAUAUUGUUGUGUUGUGAUAAUCCUUGUCAUGAAUAUUUAAUCUAAUCUCAUCCAAUCUAUCUAAUCUAAAUUAUGGGAGAAAAAUCCGCAACAGAUCCACCCAUAUUUAGCUCAAUACGGUACAUAGCCGAGGCUCAUCCGAACAGUAUCUUUUUGUACACGUAGCCGAUUUGCUUCAUAACCUUUUUGCGGUAUCUGAAUCGCAAUCUUUUCCUCGUCCUCGUCCUCCUCCUCCUCCUAUAUAUUUGAUUUUCCCACUCUCGAUGCGAUCAUCAGAAAAUAUCCUACGUUCAACUUUAUUUCAAUUCAAUUUCAAAGCGAGACAAUGAUGACCGAACAAGAGAGUGGUGCAGUCUCAUCUUCAAAGAAGAACUUGGUCUUCGCUUACUACGUUACCGGCCAUGGCUUUGGCCAUGCCACUCGUGUCGCCGAGGUGGUGCGACAUCUAAUUCUCGCCGGACAUGAUGUCUACGUGGUCAGCGGCGCUCCUGACUUUGUGUUCACCUCUGAUAUUCAAUCGCCUCGUCUUUUUAUUCGCAAGGUGCUUUUGGAUUGUGGAGCCGUUCAAGCAGAUGCAUUGACCGUUGAUCGCCUCGCUUCUUUGGAGAAGUACUCUGUAACAGCCGUCAAGGCUCGUGCUACAAUCUUGGAAAAGGAAACACAGUGGCUAAAAUCCAUUAAAGCCGACUUAGUGGUCUCGGAUGUAGUCCCUGUUGCAUGUCGUGCCGCCGCAGACGCUGGAAUUCGUUCUGUUUGUGUGACCAAUUUUAGCUGGGACUUCAUUUAUGCAGAAUACGUUAUGGCUGCCGGGAAUCAUCAUCGUUCAAUAGUUUGGCAGAUAGCAGAGGACUAUUCUCAUUGUGAAUUCCUAAUUCGUCUUCCAGGAUAUUGCCCAAUGCCAGCUUUUCGUGAUGUUAUUGAUGUGCCUCUGGUUGUAAGAAGGCUGCGCAAAUCUCGAAAAGAGGUGAGGAAGGAACAUGGUAUAGCAGAUGAUGUCAAAGUAGUCGUCCUCAACUUUGGUGGCCAGCCAUCAGGAUGGACGUUGAAGGAGGAGUUUUUACCUCCUGGAUGGUUAUGCCUGGUUUGUGGUGCUUCUGAUAGCCAGGACCUUCCUCCAAAUUUCAAAAAACUUGCCAAGAAUGCAUAUACACCCGACAUUAUUGCAGCAUCUGAUUGUAUGCUUGGAAAAAUUGGAUAUGGGACUGCUAGUGAAGCUCUGGCAUUCAAGUGUCCUUUUGUCUUUGUGCGGAGAGACUAUUUCAAUGAAGAACCUUUUCUGAGAAAUAUGCUUGAGCAAUAUCAAAGUGGUGUUGAAAUGAUUCGGAGGGAUUUAUUCACUGGUCAUUGGAAGCCUUAUCUUGAACGUGCAAUGACUUUGAAACCAUGCUAUGAAGGUGGCAUAAAUGGUGGAGAGGUGGCAGCCCAUAUCCUGCAAGAAACAGCUUUCGGGAAAAAACAUGCAUUAGACAAACUUAGUGGUGCAAGAAGAUUGCGUGACGCUAUGGUUCUUGGGUAUCAACUACAAAGGUCCCUUGGACGAGAUAUUGCAAUUCCAGAUUGGUAUGUAACUGCUGAGAAUCAACUUGGACACUCACCCGGCUCUUCGUUGGUGGAUGAUGAAAGCUCCAUAUUCAGCUCGCACAAUGAGCAUUUUGAAAUUCUUCAUGGAGAUGUUCAAGGUCUUUCAGAUACUGAGGCGUUUUUAAAGACCUUAUCUGAAUUGGACGAGAAACACAUAACACGUGAGCGCAAGGCUGCUGCAAGCCUCUUCGACUUGGAGGAAGAAAUUUUUGUCACAAGAGCUCCAGGAAGGUUAGACGUAAUGGGUGGAAUUGCUGAUUAUUCUGGAAGCCUUGUCCUGCAAAUGCCAAUAAGAGAAGCAUGUCAUGUUGCUCUGCAAAGAAUCCAUCCAAGUAAGCAUAGAUUGUGGAAGCAUGCUCAAGCUAGACAAAAUGCUAGAGCGGAUAAACCAACUGCCGUUCUGCAAAUUGUAUCAUUAGGCUCAGAAUUAAGCAAUCGAGGCCCAACCUUUGACAUGGAUUUGUCUGAUUUUAUGGAUGGAGAUAAGCCAAUGUCGUAUGAAAAAGCGAGGAAAUUCUUUGCUCAAGAUCCUUCCCAAAAGUGGGCAGCUUAUAUUGCUGGAGCAAUAGUGGUAUUGAUGAAUGAAUUGGGCAUACGUUUUGAAGAUAGUAUUAGCAUGCUGGUGUCUUCUGCUGUCCCAGAAGGAAAAGGUGUUUCGUCUUCUGCAGCUGUGGAGGUUGCUAGUAUGCAUGCUAUUGCAGUUUCUCAUGGACUGAUUAUCAGCCCACGAGAUCUGGCGUUGCUUUGCCAGAAGGUGGAAAAUCACAUUGUUGGAGCUCCAUGUGGUGUCAUGGAUCAAAUGGCUUCGGCAUGUGGUGAAGCCAACAAGCUUCUUGCAAUGAUUUGCCAACCUGCAGAAAUUGUUGGUCUAGUGGAAAUUCCCAAUCACAUCCGGUUCUGGGGAAUAGAUUCUGGAAUUAAACACAGUGUUGGAGGCGCAGACUAUGGAUCAGUCAGAAUUGGUACCUUUAUGGGUCGGAAAAUGAUAAAGUCCAAAGCUUCUGAGAUAUUAGCCAAGACUCUUCCAAAUGGGUUGAACCUUGACGAAGUAGAGAAUGAUGAUAUAGAACUGAUAAACAAAGAAGCCUCUUUAGAUUACUUAUGCAAUUUGCCACCUCACAGAUACGAGGCUCUUUAUGCUAAGAGCAUCCCAGAGCACAUAACUGGUGCAACAUUCUUGGAGAAAUUUGCUGAUCAUAGUGAUCCUGUCACUUGCAUUGAUGAAAAGAGUACUUAUGCAGUGAGAGCCCCAACAGUACACCCCAUUUAUGAAAACUCCCGUGUUAAGACAUUUAAAGCACUACUAACCUCAGCAACUUCAACUGAAGAUCAACUCUUAGCCCUUGGAGAACUGUUAUAUCAGUGCCAUUACAGUUACAGUGCUUGUGGACUUGGAUCUGAUGGAACAGAUAGGCUUGUACAAUUGGUUCAGGACUUGCAACACAGUGCAGCAUCUAUGGUUGAAGGUGGCACAUUGUGUGGAGCCAAGAUCACUGGUGGGGGUUCUGGUGGAACGGUUUGUGUAAUUGGAAGGAAUUGUUCGAAAAGCAAUCAACAAAUUGUCGAGAUUCAACAGAGAUACAAGAAAGCCACUAGUUAUUUGCCUUAUAUUUUUGAGGGUUCAUCACCAGGUGCUUGUAACUUUGGGUACCUGAAAAUUCGCCGUCGUGCUCCUUCAAAUCGUUGCUGACCAAAGCCCUACAACCAAAACCUGGAAACAAAUCCGAGUCAUGAAUCGAGUAUGUACUCUCUAUACGGAUUGAGUCUUUGCAUAUUAACUUCUAUGUAUCAAUGCGCACACGAUCACAUACCCACAUAUGAA